CAGAGAGAGAAAAUAUUGCAUGUAUAAGAUUAAAGCCAGGCUGUCGUUUCAAAUGUUUUCAUCAUAAUUUCAAUGAUUUGUUAUCCUGAUACAACAGACCUGUUAUGAACAAAGACAAUUUUUAAAUGAAAUUUUGUUAGUCAUGUCAACUAUUUACACACAUUGAAUUAUGGCCACUGAGUCUUGCUCUGAGAGCAGCAACAAUAAUCAAAUUUUCCUGGACUACAGUGCCAAAAGUUCUAACUUCCUUUCUGGUUCCUACACUUUGCUACUGGCUCUACAACAUAUUCACAGAGGACUGAAAGAAGAGAAUCACAGAUUACCAAAGAGCUCCCUCAAAACGCACAGUAUUGUCAUUGGACGGCAUGAAGAAGUAUUGCUCAAAGUCAUUCAACUGCUCAAGUCAUAUGCUAUGAAUUUUAUAGAUUUUCAUGUUGAGUACUUGGAGCUCCACAAAUGCAAAGAUCAAUGCAAUGGUCCUGCUAGAGCAAGAGCCCGCAGCAGUAGAAAAUCUCUUAUCUUGCAGCGUGAUGCCAUUCUCCAUUGUGUGGAUAAAAUUGUUUUAUGUCAGCUGCGUUUUAUGUCACAGCAUUUUAGUGAAUCUUCUGACUCAUUUAAAGGGGAAAAUGUUUUUAAAGUUAUUAGGUGCUAUAAUGCAAUUCUUGAAAAACUUAAAUUGUGCUCUGAAGCCGAUUUUGAACUUGAAGAAGAAAAACCCCGUGUACAAGAAGAAAAUGUUGAUUUAAAUGCUCCAUCAACUAGUUCUCUUUCUGUACCAUCCACCAAAAAGAGACAGUCUGAGCCACCACCUGCUCCACCACCUAUUGAGAAAAUAAAAAUUCGCCUCACACCUGAGCCAAUGGUUGCUCCAUCUUCUCAGCUUAAAAAGUUCACUGCGUCACGUAUUCUGCAAAGUGUAGGCUCAGUACGAUGUGGUUAUGUUACAGAAUACAUUGCUGAAGCCUUGUUAUCUCGCAUCGAUGUCCCUGUACAAAAUGGACAUAGCCCGAAGAUGAAUUUGCCUUGGAAGCCUGUGUCUUUUGGUAGUGGCAUAUCUGGUAAAUCACACUUCGAUAUUUUUGAAGAAGCGCUCGCUAAAGAAGAAGACGAGAACAGACUGAAUCAGAAGAAAUUAGAUAUGGCUUUGAGACAAGAGUUUGGCGAGGACUUCCCUGGAACAGACUAUCUUCCAGACAGUGAGUGUGGAGAUGCUUUAAAACCUCUCAGCAGCUCCAACAUGGCUAGACUCAUAAAAACGAAUACCGCGCUCCUGCAGCUUCUUUUCAAAAAGUUCAUCAACACUCCUGGUGUCCUAGUGCCUUCUCUCGUUAAAUUCGGUCGUUACGGAGAACAUCGUCUUAGUAAAGCGGGCAGGACUCGUUUAGAAGGCUACUACGUCGACCAAAUCUGGGGCGUGGGCAGCAACUUGGUGGACGAGCUGUUACUGUGGAGUCCUCUGAUGGUGACGCAAGAGCACGGGACCGGGGCACGAGGCGCCGCAAUACCAGGCGUGCGGGGUACUGACAGACCAACUGUAAUGGUCGCAUCUACUAACGAUGAAACUGGUGAAGGCAUCCUCACGCCGGCGUCUCAGAGCUCUACUGGUAGCUCCGCUUCCACUAAUACUGUCAUAUCAAGCUCUCGUAACGCGAGGGAGUCCCUUUGCCUGAGACCUUCCACACAAGCUGGACGUGUGACUCGUUUCCGCACGCUUAGUUUCAUGACAGAAGGGCGGUGCGACACAUCCACCUUCUUUGCACCUCCUGCCCUCAACAACAACUAUCUUCUCUACCUGCAGGAUGCUUUGCAGAAAUACUCUAGAAGAGGGGUGUUGCCGGGUUGGUGUGUGGAGGCCAGCGAGUGCCUAAUAACAGAGUGCGGACACCUCGUGUCGCAGAGCUGCCUUGACAGGAGCCUCACGGUCGCGCUCGGUGCCUACGCCAGACGCCAGCCUCCGCCCGUGCACCUCAGCGACGGCAACUUCAGCACCGGCGGUGGAGUGGGUUUUUCGAGCGCCUUGGAACAGCUUGUCUGGCAAGUCAACCAAGUGGAGAAAACUGAGCCGGAAACCGAAGAAAAAGAUUGGCCCAUCGCAGAGCUCAUCGAGUCUCUGAGCGUGCUGUGCAGCGUAUGCAGCAGUGGCCUGUGCUUGCUGCAGCUGCGGUCGCAGAGUUUGCUGCACACGUGGACCACGGCUCCUUACUACCUCCUCACCCAAGCUGACCUCCCGCAUAUCAUCGCUCAGUUCAAUAAAAUCAUCAUGGAGGAGCGCGAGUACCUGGUGAAGACGGACGUGCUGCAGCGGGCGCUGCUGGUCCCCUACCGAGAAAAACUCGUCGCCAGGACGCAAGCCCUUCUUGCUUAUGCCAAGCGUCAGGAGUGUGGCGCCGUGGAGGCGGUGUCUGAGGUGUGCCGUACUGUGGCGUUGGCGCACCUGCAGAACGCCAUGCCGAAGCCACCUGUGUGGCGAGGUGUGGGCAGAUUGCCCCAUGAGCCUCAUCCUUAUGUCGCGGAGUACAUCGGCAGCGUAUUACAGCCCGUGCUGGACGCGGUCAGUCAGCUGGGGGAGCAGCUGCAGAGACGCGCUGGAUCAGCUGUGCUUAAAGUCGUCUGCUACGCCUGGCUCGAGCACAUCAGGGUCCAGAAAAUAAAGUUCUCCCUUUGGGGGGCCCAGCAGCUGCUUAAAGACUUUGCAGCGUUGUCUGAGUGGGUGCAGUCGUACCCCGGGCUGUGCGCUGGUGCCAGGGAGCAGGUGCUAGCCGUGGAUGUGCUGAGGGAGUGCGAGGGCGUAGCACGGCUACUAAUGAGGCAGCCGCCCCUCGUUGUUGGCUACUCGUCCCUCAAUCAAGUUGCUCCUCUCACAACCAUCAAAGCUGGUCGUGAGCACGACAAGGCGGUGCGUUUGGGUGGGGAGCGAGAAGAUAUUCCUGCCGAGAUGUACGUGCCUAACCAGACCGUGUGGCUCGGCAGACGCACCCGACCUUCGUCAUCUGUGUGCGUUCGUUCUGCAGCCUGCUGCUCCUGGCCUUACUGAGCUUCCCACUUGGCAGAUCUACCUUAUUUUUCCCGCUGAUUGAAGUAUAAACUAACUUACAAAGUAACUAGUUACCCAUGAUAGUACUCAGACAGUCUUCUACUUCGACAGCCGUUCCAUGUACUUUUACACUUUCUAAGGCAGUAUUUAUCUGUGUAAUUGAACACACUACAUUUUAAAAUGGUUGGAAUUUGUCAAUUAUUCAUCUUAAAUUUCCAAAAAAUUUUCAGAAAUUUGUCCACGUGUUGAGGAUCUCCCGCGCAAAAUAAGAGUUUAUAAAAUUUCACGCAAGACUUACUAUACCAAUUCCAUUAUAAAUUUACUCAUACCAGACCUAUUCGAGUGCUAGUCUAUGCUUCCUACUGUUAUUAUCUAGUGUUCUUCUUGUAGGUCUGUAGGUAUGCCACUGAAGUUCAGUGAUGAUUUAGUACUCAAGACGAGGCUCUCAUAAACUUACGUCUGAAAUAUUGAAGCGAAUGAAUCACAAAGUUGAUGAAAAUUCGUGUUAAAUUGCACUUCAGCAUAAAAGAAAGUUUACCAUUCGCUUUCAAGUUAGAGAAACGACAUUCGAUUUACUAUUAGGAGUUAUAUGUUAACUAAGAGUAGGUGUAAUAUGUUAACUGAAGUACCGGUAUAUCCUGGCCACGUAAUAAUUUCCUCGUGUCGCCAGCAAACAGCCGGGCUGGGUCCCGGACAAACCUUCCAUCACUUCAUGAGGUUUUAGGCUGCGUUUAUAAGCUAUGUUUUAAACACUUGUUUGGUAACAGGACUUUGCAGCGUAGUCAUAGAUGUAGAGAUAAUUGUCACUUACAGUUGCUGUUGGAUAAUAUAAUUUAAGUUAAGUGAUAGCUUAGUCCUUAAAGCUUCCAGCGCAUAAGCCUCGUGAUUCCACAAGUACUACGGUAUAAUUAUUAUAUUUUAAUUGCUGGUAACAGCGCUUAGUCGUGAAGUCCUACUGCAUACAUUUUUCGAUCACUUUGAACAUUCUGCAUUUAUUAACAAAUAUUUUGUUGACCGUAACAGUUGAAUUCGUGGCAAUUUUCAUUUUUGCGCGUGCAAUUGGAGCCGCCCAAUAUUAUGGCACUCUUAUAGUUGUUAAGUUACACUGUAGUGAGCAAAUUUCUAGUCAAGCUUCCAUAUUUGGCAGUUAAUUUAACUGACCUCUACACGUGAAAGCGUCGCUUUGAGUAAGCAACUGCGCUAGUCGUAUUUGCAAUGAUUAUUUGUCGUACUUUAAGAAGCUAUACUUUCUUCCUCAGUGCAGUCAUCUCUGUCUCUCAUCUUCAGGAGUGAUAGUUAAACUUUUUCAUUGAUUUGUAUCAUGUUUUCCGUGACAUCUGUGAAUUAACUCCUUCGUCACUGUC